UACCCACCAUGAGAUCGAGUUGCAAUGGGUGUCGCGCACUUCGUAGAGGUUGCAGUGAAAAUUGUAUCAUCAAGCCUUGCCUUGAGUGGAUCCGUUGCCCCGAAACUCAAGCCAGGGUCACCCUCUUCCUUGCCAAGUUCUAUGGCCGAACCGGUUUGCUCAACCUCCUUGCUAAUGCUACCAACAAAAAUUCCAUAGCUGUGUUCAAAUCAUUGUUGUACGAGGCUUCAGGUAGAUUGGCGAAUCCCACACAUGGAGCACUCGGUUUAUUGCUCACUGGAGAAUGGAGCCGAUGUGAAGCUGCAGUUGAAGCCGUGCUGACUGGAUCAAAUAUUAACGUUGUUACAGUUGUUGAUGGACAAACAUCACCAUGUACAGGCAUUGUUUUGAAAUCAGAUUUGGAGAAUGGCAACAUGAAAACUGCAGAAGCUUCAUCGGUGAUUGAGACAGAGCCAAAUGGAAUUGCUGAAACUCACUCUUGACUUCAAUUUCCAAUCAAACAAUGGCAAGAAGUCAGAUAAUAAUUAAUUAUAUGUAAUUCGGUUUCUUUUGAAAAAGAUAUACUUUUUUAUUAGACAGUAGUACCAAUAACUAGAGGUUGUUUGUUUUCCUUAUUUGUCCCAUCC